GGCUCUGGCGCAGACUGUGGCACUGAAAUCGCAUAAUGGUGUUUGCCCAGCCUGGUGCGCAGCGAUGGAAGCAUUAUCAUUUCCCUCCCGGCCACCUAAUGAAAGAUGUGCUGUUGUCAGGGGAACUAGAGGCACUAUGAACAAAGGUGGGCUGCGGUAUCCCAAGACAUCGAAGCAGGGGAGCUUGUUAGAGGUUGUGUCGCUUUGCACCAGAACAUUGUUUUCGAAGAUAUUAUUUCGUUAGCAACUGAAUACCAAACCUGACUGUUUUUACUUUGAAAGGUCACCAAUAGGUCUGAAAAUGAUUUUGUAGCUAAACUCUUCGUAUCGGAGAACUUGGGUUUUUGGUGGAAGUUAUGGUGCAGGUGGUGGUGAUCAACGGAUCAUGUGCAGUUAGCUUACAAAUUAAGCUCAGCAAUCAGGUCUUCGAAUUAACCACAACUACCGAUCUCUUCCACUCCAACUCGGUGUCUUCCGGUUGGAUUCGAUUGCAUGAGUCCUUCUUGUCCUCGACGGCUGUUCAUUUCAUAGAUAGUUGGCUACAGCCCCUGUGGCUGAUGAGACGCCAUAUCUGACGGUUGCCAGCUUACCGAUGCGUUCCUCUGACCAUCGAGCAGUGCACCUAACAACGUCGAAUGACGAGACAAGGAUACUCUCGGUAUAAGAUUUCGGCACCAAAACUUGUGAAUGACAUUUGGAUGAAUCGUCGACAGUGGAAUCCUUCUCUCUGAAUCCAAUACGUAUCACUUCCAUAACUAAAGACAGGAGUCAAGAUGUGGAAUUCUCAUGAGAGUGUGUACAAGAUUAUCAAACCCUCCGAGGCUUACCACGCAUUUACACCCCCGCAGUCUGCCAAAGAACUUCGGGACCGGAAAGUGGACGAAAUCACCUUGAGAUUGAAGCAGACGAUGAGGUUGAAAGCGGCGGCCACCUUUGGACGCCCCCUGGGAUCCUUCAGGCCUUCCGCUAGGAACUUUUUAAGGAAACAUUCGAAGGAGCCACAGAUCCUCUACGGUGCAGUGCAACUGCGAUGCACGAAGCACGAGAAGAGGAAGCCCGAUCUCCCAAAAGAGCGGCCGACAUAUGGAAAGGUCAAAAUGAUGGACUAUAUCAAGACAAAUGCUGAGCAGAUGAUACAUUCCAGCCCGAACAGAUCGAAAUGUCCGAAGAAGCCCAAGAGGUACGCACUAAGACGGGGUUUCGCGACGGUUCCCACGUACUUGGCCAGCAGAAUGAGGACCCUCACAAAUCAAAACAACAAAGACAAUCUUGAACAGCAGGCAGCGGAUUGCGGACACAAAGGAACUCGCAAGUUAGAUGAAAAGGAACGGAUCACGCUGAUGAACAACUUGAAGCUGAAGUGGGCCGACAUGAACGCGCGUUACCAACGCAUGUCUGUUGUUCUGGACAUUGAAUCCAAGAAAAGACGCAAAGAAAGAUACGAGGAGAACCUUUCGCAGCUGGAGCGCGACAUUGCUCUGCUGUCUCGGAGCGUCAUUCUGGUCUCGGAUUCUGUCCCCGCUAAAGUGCAAAAAGCCCUGACGCAGUGAUAUCGAUCAUCUAUCCUAAUGUCGAUGUAGAAAUAUGGAAACUAGGUCUGUUUCAAAUAUGGAAACUAGGUCUGUUUCAAAUAUGGAAACUAGGUCUGUUUUAGGUGAAGAGCAGCGCUGUCGACGAAGCACAGCUGAGCUCGGAAGAAGUUCGGCGCAGUCCAUGCUACUCUAUUGUUUUCUACCGACACAUUGUUGGUGGCGUGGUGUCAGUGGAGUCCACCGACACACGGUUUUAGAAUUUGAACUCAUUGUGGACGGAAGUUUGUAAUGAAAUACUAGCAAUUGUAGUGGGUUAAACAGUUGAUUACGUACCAAAAGAAAUGCGUCUCAGUUUGUUGAAUGCGAAGAGAAGGUUUUGUCUAGGCAUUGAAAUUUCAUAAGUGAUUUUAGUGUAAAAAAUAUCAAGUGCGCUGGAGUAAUAUGGUUUGAAAACUUUGAAGUAAGAAUUGUGCAAAAUGACGAGAUUUGUGUAUGUGGUUGUAAAUUGUCAUAGACUCAAGAUUUAGUUCCAUUUUUUGCAACAGCUUUUGAUGGUUGUUGGAAUGUUUACUUGGAGAACAUGUUGAGAUAAUUUAGAAAACAGUACCUACAAAGAUGUACUGGAUUAACCAUUUAAUUUUAAAAUAUCAUGUAAUAGUUGAAGUA